AUGAGCAAGACUGAGACUUUGCAACUGCGCGGCACCCUUGAGGGCCACAACGGCUGGGUUACCUCCCUCGCCACCUGUGACCAGGACCCCGAUCUUUUGGUCUCUGGUUCCCGUGACAAGUCCGUCAUCGUCUGGAGACUCUCUCCUUCCGAGGAGAACUACGGUGUCGCCAAGCGCUCUUUGCGUGGCCACUCCCACAUCGUUGAGGAUGUCGCCAUCUCCAACGACGGCUGCUACGUCCUGUCUGCUUCUUGGGACAAGACCUUGCGUCUCUGGGAUCUGUCUGACGGCACUUCAACCCGCUUCGUCGGCCACACCGGUGACGUUUUGUCCUGCGACUUCACUUCUGACAACUUGAUGGUUGUCUCUUCGUCCCGUGACAAGACCGUCCGUUUGUGGAACGUUCUCGGUGACCCCGUUUUCGUUAUUGAUGGCCCCCAGUCCCAUAGCGACUGGGUCUCUGCUGUCAGCGUUACUCCUACCACUGACGAGCGUGCUCCCCUUGUUCUGUCUGCCAGUCACGACAAGACCAUUAAGACCUGGGAUGUUACCAGCGGCCGCUUGAAGGCUGACUACGUCGGCCACACCGGUUACAUUAACGCCCUCACUCUGUCUCCCGACGGAUCCUUGUGCGCCACCGGUGGCAAGGACGGUCAGGCUCUUAUCUGGGACGUUUACGACGGCAAAUUCCGCAACGCUUUGCCUCCUGGAGACGAGAUCUUCGACUUUGCUUUCUCUCCCCGCCGCUACUGGUUGGCUGCUGCUACCGCCUCCGGCAUCAAGAUCUACAACCUCCAAGAGCACGUUGUUAUUGACGAGCUCAAGCCUGAGGCUAUUGAGGGUGAGGGACCCGUCCCCCGCACUCUUACCUGGUCUGCUGACGGCAACGUUCUUUUCGCCGGUUACACCGACAACAAGAUCCGCGUCUGGCAGGUCAUGCACACCAUGUAA